CAGCCAGAGGCAACAAUCACGGCCUCAAGUCUACGAGCAAAGUUCUGGUGCAUCUGAUCUAGAAUCUGACGAAUUUAUGGAAGAAGAGACAAUGGCUAAACGUGGUGAUUCUUAUCAAAGUGAGGAUGAAGAGAUGGAUGCGGAACUCGAUGAAAUGAUGGAAGAAGAAGACGAUGAUGAAUAUAUUGAAAUUGAAUCGAGAAUAGAGGAAGGAGAGGAAGCUGAGGAAGAAGACGUUGAACAAGCUGAAGAAGAAGAAGCUGAACAAGCCGAAGAACCUGAGGAAGAAACUGAACAAGUCGAUGACGAUAUUGACGUAGAAGACGACAUAGACGAAUGCGACGAUGCAACUCCUGUUGACGACGAAGACGAUUUUGAGAUUGGUGAUGAGGAAGACGAAGAUGAGGAAAUUGAAGAGGAAGAACGUAGUUAUGAGAGCAAAACAGCUACCACGCGACGAACAAGAGGAAGUAGAGGUGUUUCGCGACGUACACCUCAAAAACAAAAGCGGCCUCUAAGGCAACAAAAAGCACCGCCUCAAACUAGUAAUUCAAGAAAAAAUAUGGCGGAAUCAUCAUCUUCAUCUUACGAUGCUCGUAUUCUUACCAAACGACAAAGGGCUAAAUUGGAUGACAAUUAUGAUUCAGACUUACUUCAACUUCCAAUGGAACCAAUGAAAAAAAAGCAACUCACUGAGGAGGAAAUGCUCUUAAAAAAGUCUGAAAUAGCACGAAGAAGAAAGCAUCAGAGCAUUCAACGUGCUGAGCAAGAUAAG